UGUACUGAAAAUUUGAAAUAAUGGAUGUGGCUGACGCUUAUGUAGGCCAGCUCCGUGUUCGUGAUGAAGUUGGUAUUCGCAGUCAGAAGUUGUUUCAGGAUUUUCUAGAGGAGUUCAAAGAAGACGGUGAAAUUAAGUAUAUGAGAACGGUCCAAGAGUUGAUUAAUCCAGACCGCUCGACAUUGGAAGUAAGCUUCGAAGAUGUCGAAAAGUAUAAUGAAAGUUUGGCAACGGCAAUUAUUGAGGAGUACUACCGAAUUUUUCCGUUUCUGUGUCAGGCUGUGUCUAAUUUUGUCAAGGACAGAACCGAGUUGAAAAAAGACAAAGAAUGUUACGUUUCAUUUACCGAUGUUCCGACGCGGCAUAAAGUACGCGAGCUUACGACGUCGAAGAUUGGAACACUUAUUCGCAUCUCUGGACAAGUUGUGCGCACACAUCCGGUUCAUCCAGAGCUAGUUACAGGAACAUUUGUCUGUCUGGAUUGCCAAACGGAAAUUCGGGAUGUUGAGCAGCAAUUUAAGUUUACAAAUCCAACAAUUUGUCGUAAUCCCGUUUGUGCCAACCGUCGUCGCUUUAUGCUAGAUGUCGAUAAGUCCAAAUUUAUAGACUUUCAGAAAGUGCGUAUUCAAGAAACACAGGCCGAACUUCCACGGGGCUGUAUCCCGCGUUCGGUAGAGGUUAUUUUGCGGGCCGAAAUCGUUGAAACUGUACAAGCUGGUGACCGCUAUGAUUUUACUGGAACACUGAUAGUAGUCCCGGAUGUAGGUGCCCUUCAAAUGCCUGGAGUAAAAGCUGAACUGGGUUCACGACACAAGCACGGAGACAAUGUAGCUGAAGGAAUUCGCGGUUUGAAAGCACUUGGCGUUCGCGACUUAAACUACAAAAUGGCCUUUUUGGCUUGUUCGGUACAGGCAACCUCCUCGCGGUUUGGUGGUACCGACAUGCCAAUGAGCGAGGUAACAGCAGAGGACAUGAAGAAACAUAUGACGGACGCCGAAUGGAAUAAGGUUUAUGAGAUGUCGCGUGAUCCUAAGCUGUACCAAAACCUUAUCAGCAGCUUGUUCCCUUCGAUCUAUGGAAAUGAUGAAAUAAAGCGGGGAAUACUACUUAUGCUUUUUGGAGGUGUAGCUAAAACUACGCACGAAAAAACUACCCUUCGAGGAGACAUUAAUUGUUGUAUUGUGGGAGAUCCCAGCACGGCAAAAUCGCAAUUCCUCAAACAAGUGGCCGAUUUCUCGCCCAGAGCAGUGUAUACUUCUGGUAAGGCAUCAUCCGCAGCGGGUCUGACAGCAGCUGUAGUCAAGGACGAAGAAAGUUAUGACUUUGUUAUUGAAGCCGGAGCCCUGAUGUUGGCUGAUAAUGGUAUCUGCUGUAUAGACGAGUUCGACAAGAUGGAUCCACACGAUCAGGUAGCGAUUCAUGAAGCAAUGGAACAGCAAACUAUUUCUAUUGCUAAAGCUGGUGUGCGGGCGACUCUCAAUGCAAGAACAUCCAUUCUGGCGGCAGCAAACCCGAUCGGUGGCCGGUAUGACCGUUCAAAGUCAUUACAGCAAAAUGUCUACUUAACUGCUCCUAUUAUGUCUCGGUUUGAUUUAUUUUUUAUCCUUGUUGACGAAUGCAACGAAGUUGUGGACUAUGCUAUUGCGCGAAAAAUCGUCGAUCUUCAUUCCAACAUUGAGGAUCGCGUUGAUCAGGUUUAUUCCAGAGAAGACGUUUUGCGUUAUAUUAUGUUUGCACGUCAGUUUAAGCCUCUAAUCACUCAAGAAGCAUUGGAAUUGCUUGUCGAAAAUUAUGGUCAUUUGCGGCAACGUGAUACGGGGACAUCUGGCAAAAGUACUUGGCGAAUUACCGUUCGUCAGUUGGAAAGUAUGAUACGACUAAGUGAAGCAAUGGCUAAGAUGGAAUGUAGUGAAGAGGUAGGAGACAAGCAUGUUAAAGAAGCUUAUCGUUUGCUGAAUAAAUCAAUAAUUCGUGUUGAACAACCGGACAUCCACUUGGAUGAUGAAGAAGAUGCCGAACUUGCGCUUGCUAUGGAUGCAGAGGAGGCGGUUACUCAACAUGAAUCAGAGCAAAUUACGAACGGUAACAGUGAAAAUGGUCAUGGCACGAAUGGACAUGAUGCACCGAAGAAAAAGCUCACUUUAUCAUUUGAAGAAUACCGGAAUCUAUCGAACAUGCUUGUUAUCCACAUGCGUAGUGAAGAGUCUCGAUACGAAAGUGAGGAAUCUCAAGCUGAUGGUAUCAAAAAAUCGGAAUUAAUUAACUGGUACCUUGAACAAGUAAGCGACCAGAUAGAAAGCGAAGAAGAGUUGUUUGAGAGAAAAACUCUAAUCGAGAAAGUCGUUGAUCGGCUCAUGUAUCAUGACCAAGUUAUAAUUCCGCUGAAGACGGGAACUCUCGGCGAAAAGGAUACUCAGGAAGAGGAAGAUCCGCUGCUUGUUGUACAUCCAAACUACAUAGUGGAAACGUAAGGUGAUUGUUCCUGAAAAUUAAUCAAUGGUGGUUUCCAACCAUUCAUCGUUUGA